AAUGCGAGGGCAUUGCCGACAGACUCCGUACGAUUUGUCAAUUGACAAUUCCUCCGCUCGAUGACGCGAAUCGGUUAGUGAACUAAGGCAUGAUUUGAGUUCUUCUUUCAACAGAUACUAUAAAACUUCGGCUGGUCCAGACUCCAGACAACUUCAUUUCCAAGCAACCGGCUCAGAAACACUGGAUCUCCUCCGCUCCAUUCCCCUUCCAUAUAUACUGGUAAUCAUCGUUGCGGUUCUUCUACCCUUCAUGUCUCCCAUGCCGUCGGGUCUAUUCUCCAAAUUCCUUCGUCCGUUCUCUUCGACCACGAUGGCCUUCGGUCCCGAGGGGUCAUCAGCAACAUUGCCGGAGGGCGCGGCGAAGGCAACCAUUGCUGCAGGAUGCUUCUGGGGCGUUGAGCACAUGUACCGCAAAGCCUUCGAUGGAAAGGGCCUGAUCGAUGCGAGGGUUGGAUAUAUUGGAGGCGAUACACAGAACCCUAGCUACCGAGCAGUAUGUACAGGCCGAACAGGACACGCCGAAGCUCUACAAGUUAUCUACGACCCCGAGAAGCUCAAAUACCGGGAGUUGAUCGAGUUCCUCUACCGCAUGCACGAUCCCACCACGAAGGACAGGCAGGGACCGGACACCGGCUCCCAAUAUCGGAGCGGUAUCUUCUUCCAUGACGAGGAGCAGGAGAAGAUCGCAAAGGAGGUCACCGACAAGGUGCAGCAGGAAUGGUGGAAGAAGGGCAAAGUGGUCACGGAAAUCCUGCCCGCUGGUCAAUGGUGGGAUGCCGAGACGUAUCAUCAGCUCUACUUGGACAAGAAUCCUGGAGGCUAUGAAUGCCCAUCCCAUUUCCUUCGUCCGUUUCCCCCUCUCUCGUCAUGACGGACUAGAAAUGGAGCCAUGAACGAUGCCGUGAUGAUGUCAUGAAAUAUGUGGUCCAAACAAGAACACUUGCAACCAACUGGCUGGUUAGAAUGGGAAUUUGAUUCAGACUAAAUGAACAGAAGUGUUCCCCUUUAUCCAAGGCCAACUCGCGUGUGCUGAGCCAUUGGACAGUUGAUAGACGAUAUGCCGUGGUGGCGGCAUGAUUAAUAGUCCUUUUCGCCCUAUAUACUUGACCCCUAAUCUCUGAAGAGCUGGUACAUAACUGCCCAUUCUCCUCACUGUUAAUAGUGAAUAUCAAUUAUUAUUCGACCG